AUCUAUCUGAUCUUCUCCCUCUCCUCCAUUUCACUUCUUUUUUAAAUCUCAAUUUUUUUUAAAUCAAGUUUAAAAUAUAUAUUAUAAUCCCCCCCUUAUUAUUAUUAUUCACCUUUCAAAUUUCAAGAUGCUCUCUCUCUCCCCCUUGUUUUAAACUUGUAAAUAAUGGUAUGGUAGAAGUAGUAGUAGCCCUUCAAAUUUCAAACUGAAAUAGCACAAACAAUACCAACUCUCCUCAUACCAAAACACACAACUCCAGUUAUUGAAAUUGAAAUUACCCUUUUCCUUUUUUCCCCCAAAUUUCACCCGAGGCUGUUUUUUUUUCUUUUUUUUUUUCUCUCUUUUGACCUUACCCUUUGAGAGUUUCGUGGCUGUAAUUUCGUUGUAACCGAUGCUGGAAAUCUCAACUUUACCGGAAACCGCGACGGAGAACGCGGACGGCGGUUCCGCGGCGGUAUCCGACGGGUCGAAAGCGGAGCACAGCGAAGACGGUGACCGGAAUUCCGCCGCGAACCGGUGGCCGAGAGAGGAGACAAUGGCUUUGCUCAAGAUAAGGUCUGAAAUGGACGUUGCUUUCAAAGACGCAAACCCCAAAGCCCCUCUCUGGGAACAAGUCUCAAGGAAGUUAGCAGAGCUAGGAUAUAAUAGAAGUGCUAAGAAGUGCAAGGAGAAAUUCGAGAACGUUUACAAGUACCAUAGGAGAACCAAAGAAGGUCGUUUUGGAAAAUCAAACGGUGCAAAAACUUAUCGAUUUUUCGAGCAGUUGGAAGCCUUAGACGGAAACCACUCACUUCCUCCUCCGACAACAACAACCGACAACAACAACAACGUUGAUGAUGAUGAUGUUAUCCUCAACGCGGUUCCGUGUUCCGUUAUAGCUGCGGCGGCGCACGAGCAUUCGAGUUCGACGACGUCGUCUUCGGGGAAGAUGAAGAGAAAGCUGACGCGGUUUCUGGAGGGGCUGAUGAGGGAAGUGAUAGAGAAGCAAGAGACGCUGCAGAGAAAGUUCAUGGAAGUGUUGGAUAAGUGUGAAAAAGAUCGAAUGGCGAGGGAGGAAGCGUGGAAGAAGGAGGAGCUCGAGAGGAUCAAGAAAGAACGCGAGCUUCUCGCUCAUGAAAGAUCAAUUGCUGCCGCCAAAGAUGAAGCUGUUCUUGCUUUUCUUAAAAAGUUCGCAGAAGCAGAAGGCACGGUGCAGUUGCUCGAGAAAAUUCAGGUUCAGAACGACAAACAGAAAAACAAGCAUCAAAAUGGUGCUAAUGCUAAUAGAGGUGGUGAUGUCACGGUUGUCACUGAUAUGGAUAAACAAGAAUGUGGAAAUAAUGGUGUUAGUGUUGGGAAUUUUGUGCACAUGAGUAGUUCGCGGUGGCCGAAGGAUGAAGUGGAGGCUUUGAUAAGGUUAAGGACUGAGUUUGAUGUGCAGGCACAAGGGAAUAAUAAUAAUAGUAAUAAUGGGUCUAAAGGGCCUCUUUGGGAGGAGAUAUCUUUGGCUAUGAAGAGCAUUGGUUAUGAUCGAAGUGCAAAGAGGUGUAAAGAGAAAUGGGAGAACAUAAACAAGUACUUCAAGAGGAUAAAGGAGAAGAACAAGAGGAAACCUCAGGAUUCCAAGACGUGUCCUUAUUAUCACCACCUUGAGGCUUUGUACAGUAAGAAGCCUAAGAAGGUGGUGGAUCAUGGGAACGAGUUGAAGCCUGAGGAGCUGUUAAUGCAUAUCAUGGAAAGUCAAAGUCAGGAACAGCAGCAAGAGAUGCAGACUCAGACUCAGUCAUCAUCUGAAGAUGCUGAGAGAGAUCAGGAUCAGAAUCAGGAUCAAAGUGGGUAUCAGAAUCAGAUGGUUGAUAAUAAUAAUAAUAAUAAUAGUCCUUCUUCCAUUGCAAUUAUGAGUUAAAAAGCUUCGUUUCAAGAGAUUCUUUCUUUAAUAUGCUAAAAUUGAACAUCUUCUCUGAUGACAAGCAACGUGGGGGUUCCUUUGACUUUACAAUCAUUUAUCAAACUUGUUGGAUUGGAGGGGGUUAUGAAUCUUAUGAUGGGUCGGAGUCAUCAACAACAGCAAGAGUAGAUUUCAAUAUUUUAUUUUGUUGCUGGGUUUAGGUAAGUAGUAAAUACAAAUCAAUCUCAAGGGUGUUGUUUUUGUAUGUAUUACAGUACACUGUAUCUUCCAAUUUUCAAUUCUUAAUCGUUUUUUUUUUCUUUAGCGAACAUGGUAGAUGAUACAAGGAACACGCGCACAGAGAAAGAGAGAGAGAGAGAGAUUUGCCCCUCUGUAAAAAACAAAGUCACUGGGCGUGUUAUUUUAAUUUGAUAUUUUAAAUUUUUCCCUAGAAGUUUGUAAACCCAUGUGUGAUCAGGUGGGAAAUGGUUGGAUUUGUAUGCUUGUGACAAUAAAGGAUAGCAUAGUGGCGAACAGUGAACUGCAAUGAUAAUGAAAGUGCAUGUUUGUUUUGAGUUAUAA